AAACAGCAAAUAUAUUUAUUCUUAAAUUAGCCGUUUCCUUUAAUUUUGGGCGAUGAAUUCGACCGUUAGACCCAAAUAUCCGUUGGCAACAAAAGUCAAGACACACUUUUUCCUUCUUCUAUACUUCUCUAUGCUUCAUGUACAAACUUAACACCUAGCCCCCCCUAACUCCCCCCCCCCCUCCCCCUCAAAAAAAAAAAAAAAACACACUAUAGUGUGACUUCCACUUUGGAGACAAAGGUAGUUUUGAGGAGCGUAGAGAAGAAAGAAAAGACCCACAGUUUGAUUUUCUUUAGUUGGGAUUAAGAAGUGAAAGAAAGAUGGUAGCAAGAACCCCACCAAAGUUGCAGCACAAGAAAAUGGUGGUGCCUCCUCUUAACCCCAUUCUUCUUAGAGAAACACUUAACAAGGUGGACAAGUGUAUGGCUCGAUUACAAGAGCUUCAAUAUACAGUUACAGGUGGUAAUAAGGUGAUUUCUGGUGUAACUCUCAGUCCCCGCAGCACUAGAGGCUAUUUGAAAGCUAGCCUCAGAUGUAAACAAGAAUCUUUGAGGAUCAAGAAUGCUACUUCCCGCAAAUCUCCUCCAGGGAAAUUGCCGACAAAUGCAGGGGAGUGGCGGCGAAUGUCAUUACCAGCAAUGCUUCUGGGAGAGACAGUGUCUGAAAUUAAACAGGCAAGUCAAUUUGCUAGAGAUAUAGUGGAGGCAGUAGGUUCCAAGGGGAAAACGCCAGCAUCCGAUGACCCGAAAACUCCACUCACAUUGAGGCAAAACCAGAAGCCAAGCCCUGAAAACUCCGAGCUCCGAUCACGUAGAAAGAGAGAGAAACAGGUAACCAUGCAAACAAUGCGGUCACCACCAUCAAAACAACGAGCAAAAUCACGAAUAAACUUCAAGGUUUCUUCUCCAUUGCAGCAGAGGGAAUGUGAGAAAGAAAAUUGCAAGUACAUUGCAAAUAGAGUUUCCCCAAGGAAUAGGCCAUGGGUGAAAAAGACUGUCCUUUUCCCAAACCCAUUGUUCCAUUCAUCAUCUCCAACUUCACCGCAGCAGAAAUUAUCUAAAACACAGUCUCCCAUUACUGCAAGAAAUCGACAAACACCCCAUAAGUUCUUGGUGAAGUCCCCGCCCAAGGCCCCAAAGCUUCAAGCGAAAAUCCGAAGCCCCCAAAAACUUUAUGCAUCUCCUACUAGAGUAACAAGUUUGGGCACUAAGUUCUUGGCAAAGUCUCCGCCCAAAGCCUCAAAGCUUCACGCGAAAAUCAGAAGCCCCCCAAAAGUUUAUGCAUCUCCUACUAGAGUAUCAAGUUUGGGCACUAAGUUUUUGGCGAAGUCUCCCCCAAGGUUUCAAGUGAAAAUUAGGAGCCCUCCACAAAUUUCUGUGUCUCCUACUAGAGCAACAAGUUUGAGCAAGAGGUCCCCAAAGAUGUCAACAGCUGCCAAACUGAGAAGGUCAUUUUCACCAACAAGAUUGGCAAACAAGAUAGCUUCUUCACCCUCCAAAAUGAGGUCAUUUUCGCCAUCAAGAUUGGCAAGUAGGUUAGCUUCACCAUUAAAGAGCAAAAAAUCUGUACAGAAGAUUGAUGGGAUGAGGAUGAUGAUGAGUGGACUCAAACAGCGACCACGAGCUUCAACCACAUCAAAGCAAUUCUCAGUUCAGGGAAUGUGAAUUGAUGAUCAUUCAUUGUUUGUGCUUAAGAUUGAAGGAUUCUUCGUUGUUUGAAGAUAUUUUCUCAAUGUCCUUUGUUUGGUACAACAGGAGUAUUUUCCCCCUUUCUGACUUCUAUAUUUUUUUUCAAGGUUGUAUAAUUUGAUUUGUAAAACUGAGGUACUUCCUCGAUAAGGUAAAUAAAAAGUUUUCAUGUAAAUGAAA